CGUGGGCGCUCUCUCUUGUUUAGUGGCGCGCUGUGAACAAUUCGGUACCCGUGCCGCUCUGCACAACACCCCUUCCUCGAUCACCUUCAUCCGCCGGCCCGAAUCAAAACUUCGGGCCGAUUCCGGCGCGCAGCGGAACACGACAUCCCCCCCACGGGCCCACCGCGCUUAAGGGGUAGGAUCUCUCUCUCUCUCUCUCUCUCUCUCUCUCUCUCUCUCUCUCUCUCUCUCGUGCGCGCACGCGGUUAGCCACGUGGCGGGCCAUUUUUCUUUUGUUUUUUUCAUAGGAGAUGGCUAUGGCGGGAUCUUUGUCACGUUGUUUGGCGGAGGAGGAGCGGGAGGAGGAGCGGGAGGAGCGGGAGGAGCGGGAGGAAUGGGAAAAGGAGCGGGAAAAGGAGGAGUGGGAGGAGGAGCGGGAGGCUGGGAGCAGGUGCGGGAGAAGGAGCGGGAGGGGAAAUGCGAAGGGGCGAAGGAGCCGCGGGAGGAGGAGCUGGAAAAGGAGCAGCAGGGGAAACGGGGAGGGGGUUAGGAGCGGAAGAAGGAGCACGAGGACAAACGAGAAGGGGCGUAGGAGGCCCGGGAGGAGGGGUGGUAGAAGGAGCGGGAGGAGGAGCGGGAGGGGAAAUGGGGAGGGGGUUAACGAACGCACGGGGGGCGGAGGAGGGGGAGGAGAUAUAGGUGGAGGAGGAGGAGAAGUGGGAGGAGCACGAGGACGAGCGGGAGAAGGAGCGGGAGGAGGAAUGGGGGAAAGAGCAGGGGAAGCAGCGGGAGAAGGAGAAGCAGCACCCGAAGCGUCGGGAUCGCAAGGGUGGGGGAGGAGGGGGCAGCUGGAUUGAGGAAGAAAGAAAGGGUGGGAGUCGGGGGGAGAAGCGGGAGUCG